UCCUAACGAAGAUGAAGUUGUCCUCGCCAUUUAUCAGAAGCUGCAGCGAAAGUGGACUGAUCUCGUCCUUCAGUUGAAGUUUGUGUAGCUAACAUAAUUCGUCUAUAUCGUAAAGAUUUGACCAUAGGCGUGUCUUCUUUCAACGGCAACUGCAAGGUGAUUUCCCCCAUCGUGCUACAGAGAGGUGAAGUGUUAUCUGACAGGCAGAGAGCGAUCCAGAGGGACUGACAAAGAGCCAGGAUGAUUCUGGCCAUGCUGAAGGGCUUUGGGAAGCAGCUGCUGCGUGUCAAGGUGGUGGACUACAACACUGAGGACUCACGUCUCUCCCGAUGUCUCAACACUUUUGACCUGGUGGCUCUCGGGGUAGGCAGUACUCUGGGAGCUGGGGUCUACGUCCUGGCUGGGGCCGUGGCUAGAGAGAACUCUGGUCCAGCCAUUGUCCUGUCCUUCCUCAUCGCAGCGAUGGCCUCGGUGCUGGCUGGUCUGUGUUACGCUGAGUUUGGGGCCCGCGUCCCCAAGACGGGCUCGGCCUACCUGUAUAGUUAUGUUACUGUUGGGGAGCUCUGGGCCUUCAUCACCGGAUGGAACCUCAUCCUCUCUUACAUUAUAGGAACCUCUAGCGUGGCUCGGGCAUGGAGUGCCACGUUUGAUGAGCUGAUUGGUCGACACAUCGAGCAGUGGUGCCGGGUCAACAUGGCGAUGAAGGCCCCGGGGAUCCUGGCUGAAUACCCAGACAUGUUCGCUGUCAUCAUCAUCAUCAUUCUCACAGGCCUACUAGCGUUUGGAGUGAAGGAGUCAGCCAUGGUGAACAAGGUGUUCACCUGUAUUAAUGUCUUAGUGCUGGUGUUCGUGGUCAUCUCAGGGCUGGUCAAAGGAACUGUAAAGAACUGGCAUCUGAACCCUGAUGAAAUCCUCAACAUCACUGUCAACGCAACACUGAAUAUGACAGAGUCCUUGCCAUCGAAGGAGAGUCUGGGUCAGGGGGGCUUCAUGCCGUUUGGCUUCACUGGGGUCCUCUCCGGAGCAGCCACCUGUUUCUAUGCCUUCGUAGGCUUUGACUGUAUCGCCACCACUGGUGAGGAGGUAAAGAACCCCCAGAGAGCCAUCCCAAUAGGCAUCGUAGCCUCUCUCCUCAUCUGUUUCGUGGCCUACUUCGGAGUGUCUGGUGCCCUCACCAUGAUGAUGCCCUACUACAUGUUGGAUAAGAACAGUCCUCUGCCUGUAGCCUUUAAACACGUAGGCUGGGAGGGAGCCACCUACGCUGUGGCUGUAGGGUCACUGUGUGCUCUGUCCACCAGCCUGCUAGGCUCCAUGUUCCCCAUGCCUCGUGUCAUCUGGGCCAUGGCUCAGGACGGCCUCCUCUUCAAGAGUCUGGCCCAGAUCAGCGACCGAACCAAAACCCCUCUAAUCGCUACCGUAACCUCUGGAAUGGUGGCAGCGGUGAUGGCCUUCCUGUUUGACCUGAAGGACCUGGUUGAUCUGAUGUCUAUCGGCACCUUGCUAGCCUACACCUUGGUGGCAGCCUGUGUACUAGUACUCAGGUACCAGCCAGAGCAAUCCAGUAUGGCCUAUCGGAUGGCGUCUACGCUGGACGAGAUAGACACCUUAGAGUCCGUUAACGAGGGCAGUGUGGGGAUCCUGCCGGGAGCAGAGGAGGUGUUCUGUGCCAAAAACCUGUUGUUCCCUCACAACACAGAACCCAACAACCUGUCUGGCUUCGUAGUCAACAUCUGUACCAGUACAUUAGGAGUGUUGGUGUGUAUCUUCUGUGUGGUAGCAGUGCAGGGAGGCUUUGCUUCCUGGUCUGUCUCUCUCCUGUUCCUCAUAUUUACAGCCUGUCUGGCAGUCACUCUACUGGUCUGGAGACAGCCUGAGAGCAAGACCAGUCUCUCUUUCAAGGUGCCCCUGCUUCCCUUCCUCCCAGUAGCCAGUAUGUUUAUCAACAUCUUCCUGAUGUGUCAGCUGGGCCGAGGAACCUGGAUACGCUUCUCUUUCUGGAUGAUCAUAGGUUUCAUCAUUUACUUUGGUUAUGGGAUCCGUAACAGUGUAGAAGCUGCUUUAGCCAAUACUGCCAGUAACCUGCACGGAUACAAGCCAGACUGCACUCUCAACGGACAGCCAAUGGACAUCGAGAAGGAAGUCUUCCUACACAACGGCCUGGACCUGGACAACACAGUGGACGAGGAGGACGGUGACCUCUAGAGGUUGUGGAGCAUUCGCGGAGAUCGCCUUCAUGGUAAGCGCUGUGCAUUUCGGCUCAAUGGCCUUUUUAACAUGUCUGUUCUAGUGGGCUGCGCUCUAACGCGCCUUGGAUUGAGUCCCUGGCCAAACUGUGUUAGUCUACUACUGUAUUUUGUUACUGUAAUAAAACCGUCUGGCUUCUGCCAUCUGUUUAAAAGCUGCUGUAAAUAAAACAAAC